AUGACACUUACAAGUGAAGAAGUCAAUGCUAUAGUAUAUAGAUACUUACAAGAAUCCGGAUUUCGCCACUCUUCAUUCGCUUUUCAAUACGAAAGUCAAGUAGAAAAAUCUAUAUAUCGUGAUGCCACCAUUCAACCUGGGAUGCUUAUCAAUGUGAUUCACAAAGGAUUACAAUUUAUGGAUAUUGAAGCUCAUAUGAACGAAGAAGGUGAAUUAGUCGAAUGUAAUGCCCCAUUCUCUCUAUUAGGACAUCAUGAAUGUGAUUUAACCGGUAAUAGUUAUCGAGAACAACCACAAAUAUCUUCACCUACACCGAGUACCAAACGCCAACGAAAAGAGGAUCGCAAAGAAAAGAAAGAACGGGAAAAACGACCAAGAAAGGAUGAUACUAUGGAAAAUGUAGAAUCAAUACCAGUUCCACCAACAUCAUCACAAUUGGAUCAGACCGAGAUCGUACCUCCAUCCGAGAAAUUAGUACCAACAACACAACCUACUAUUAUUGAUUCUUCCGAUGCUGUGAUCUUGACUGGACAUCAAAGUGAAGUGUUUUCUUGUUCUUGGAAUCCUAUCGUUUCCAACCUAUUGGCCUCUGGAUCUGGUGAUGCAACGGCAAGAUUAUGGAAAGUACCUGAUGCUAAAGGUGAAACGACAGAACCUAUCGUAUUGAAUCAUUUACCAAAUCUUAAUGAUAGUAAGGAUGUAACAACACUUGAUUGGAAUCCUACUGGUACUUUAUUAGCUUCAGGAUCUUACGAUGGACAAGCUCGUAUCUGGACUCAAAAAGGACAACUUCGAUUUGUAAUGGAACAACAUCGAGGACCAAUUUUCUCACUGAAAUGGAAUAUGAAAGGUGAUUUGGUACUUAGUGGUAGUGCUGAUACAACUACGGUGGUAUGGGAUCCAAAAACUGGUGAAAUGAAACAACAAUUUGAAUUACAUUCAUUGGCUAUUUUAGACGUGGAUUGGAUGGAUAAUACAACCUUUGCUUCAUGCUCAUCGGAUAAAACGAUCUAUGUAUGUCGAGUAGGAUCAACAGAACCACUGAAAAAAUGGGUUGGCCAUGAAGAUGAAAUCAAUGCUGUGCGGUGGGAUCCCAGUGGACAAUAUUUGGCAUCAUGUUCUGAUGAUAUGACAACUAAGAUUUGGUCACUUUCUUCUGAUGAACCUAUUCAAGAAAUCCGUGGACAUCGACUUCAAAUCUAUACUUUACAAUGGGCACCUCUUACGAUCAACGAUGAUGACGAUACGAAUGAUGAUGUGGAUAUGGACAAUAAUGGAUUACAGAAACGACAAAAGCAACGACGACCACCAAGGCGCCUUUUGGCUACCGGUAGUUUUGACGCGACAAUACGUUUAUGGGAUCCAUUGACAGGAAAUUGUUUACAUGUAUUGAAAAACCAUUCGGAAGCGGUAUACUCUAUUUCAUUCAGUCCUGAUGCACGAUUAUUGGCUUCGGGUAGUUUUGACGAAUUACUCAAUGUAUGGGACGUGAAGACUGGUACUCUACAAAAAACAUUCAAGGCAGAUGGUGGUAUUUUUGAAGUACAUUUCAAUAAGGACGGUUCUAAAUUGGCAGCGUGCACAUCAAAUAAACAGGUGGUCAUUUUGGAUAUGAAAUCAUAG